AUGGGGCUGGACAAUGAUAUCCGGGGGUGGGUGAUGAGCUGUGUCAGUGGCAUUGCUUGCGUGCUUGGGUCAAGCAUUAUCUGUGUGGAUGUCAUUGCGAGGAACUGCUUUGGGUUGAAGAACUUCAAAAUCUCAGAUAGCAAUGUAUUUCUGUCUGCCUCGCUAAGUCUAAGCGCAGGAGUGUUGCUUUUCAGCUCCCUCUACAGCGUGUUGCCAACGUCCAAAGAUUAUUUUGUUAAAGCUGGACUCUCUUCUAGCGCAGCCGCCUCCGCUUUGAUCGGACUUUUUCUAGCAGGGAUGGUUAUCAUACAGCUCGUUUCGUCAUUCAUCCACCGUCAUAUCCCGUCUCGUGUGGUUGAUUGGCCUGGAGCUGCAAAUGGGAGCACUGAAGAGACUCAAUAUCACCAUUCUGAGCCAAAUCCAACUUUAAAACCUUUGACCACCGUUCCCACUGAACAUUCGUCAUUGCUUCCUUCCAACGCCCGAUCCGAAGUGCCGUCCACCCACCGAACAUCAGUUCAAAACUCAAAAUUACCAGUCGUUUCCCGUAUAAAAUGCAAACUCAGCUCUCUUGUCCCUGGGAACAAGCCAUUCUGCGACCAGGACGGCACCUGCUAUGGUAUCUCCCACGUCCGCGGCCACGUUGACGACCGUGCUCUGCUAUCAUCCCACUCUCUGGAUUCAUUCACCCACCAUCACCACGUCCCGCAAAAUGCGUUCCUAGCCAUUGGCGUCCAAACAUCCCUCGCAAUAGCCCUUCACAAACUCCCUGAGGGCUUCAUCACGUACGCCACUAACCACGCAAAUCCAACCCUAGGAUUCUCAAUCUUCAUGGCCCUUUUCAUCCACAACAUCACCGAGGGAUUUGCAAUGACGCUCCCUCUCUACCUAGCCCUCCACUCGAAAUUGAAAGCCAUGCUCUGGUCCAGCUUGCUAGGCGGCGUCAGCCAACCGGCUGGCGCUGGUCUUGCAGCGUUAUGGAUAUGGAGCGCCGGCAAAGCAGAUAAUGGUGGCGGAAUCAGUGCUGCCAGUGGUGCUAAUCCUAAUAAUAUCUCGUGGGCUGUGUAUGGGGGCAUGUUUGCGGCCACGGCGGGCGUGAUGACGAGUGUUGCGCUCCAGCUUUUCUCCGAGGGGUUGGUGUUGUCGCAUAAUCGAUCUCUCUGUGUCGGGUUCGCCUUUUUAGGAAUGGGGAUUUUAGGCUUCAGUUACGCGUUAACCGGAUGA